AGAUCGUCAGCGAGUGUAGCUGCGUUUGCUCAACUUUAAAUUUGCAAUCAGGCAAAAACAGAUUCUACUGCUCAGAGUUAGUUGCUUAGCUCCGUCCCGUGCGCUUCAGUUCAGUUCAAAACCCAAACGUGUGUGUAUUUUAGUGUGUGUGAGUGUGUAGGAGAAAAUGGCAGCAAAUCCGAACGGGUAUAAACUCUCCGAAAGGACGGGUAAACUCACAGCAUUUGAUCUAAUGCCCACCACACAGACAGCUGGGCCCGAGACACGUGAGUUUCUGCUUAAAGUUGUCGAUGUGCUGUUGGACUUUGUCAAGUCGACCAACGAUCGCAAUGAGAAGGUGCUGGACUUUCAUCAUCCGGAGGACAUGAAGCGCUUGCUGGAUCUGGAUGUGCCAGACCGCGCCUUGCCGCUGCAGCAGCUAAUCGAGGAUUGUGCCACAACGCUGAAGUAUCAAGUGAAAACUGGUCAUCCACAUUUCUUCAAUCAGCUGUCGUGCGGCUUGGAUUUGGUAUCCAUGGCUGGCGAAUGGUUGACUGCCACUGCCAAUACCAACAUGUUCACAUACGAGAUUGCUCCGGUGUUCAUACUCAUGGAGACUGUGGUGUUGACCAAGAUGCGUGAGAUUAUUGGCUGGUCGACUGGCGAUUCGAUUUUGGCACCCGGCGGUUCCAUUUCCAACUUGUACGCCUUCUUGGCUGCGCGUCAUAAGAUGUUCCCCAACUACAAGGAGCAUGGCUCGGUUGGUCUACCCGGCACUUUGGUCAUGUUUACUUCGGAUCAAUGCCAUUAUUCGAUCAAGUCUUGCGCUGCUGUCUGCGGUCUGGGCACCGAUCAUUGCGUUAUGGUGCCCUCGGAUGAGCAUGGCAAGAUGAUUACCUCCGAGCUGGAGCGUUUGAUUUUGGAGCGCAAGGCCAAGGGUGAUAUUCCCUUCUUUGUCAAUGCUACCGCUGGCACCACUGUGCUGGGCGCCUUUGAUGAUCUCAAUGCCAUUGCGGAUAUUUGCCAGAAGUACAACUGCUGGAUGCACAUCGAUGCUGCUUGGGGUGGUGGUUUGAUGAUGUCGCGCAAGCAUCGUCAUCCUAGAUUCACUGGAGUUGAACGCGCCGAUUCGGUUACCUGGAAUCCCCACAAGCUUAUGGGAGCGCUGCUGCAAUGCUCGACUAUACAUUUCAAGGAGGAUGGCUUGCUCAUCAGCUGCAAUCAGAUGUCGGCCGAGUAUCUGUUCAUGACCGAUAAGCAGUACGACAUAAGCUACGAUACUGGCGAUAAGGUCAUCCAGUGCGGCAGGCACAAUGACAUCUUCAAGUUGUGGCUGCAGUGGCGCGCCAAGGGCACCGAAGGCUUUGAGCGCCAGCAGGAUCGCUUGAUGGAGCUGGUGCAAUAUCAGCUGAAGCGCAUACGCGAGCAGUCCGAUCGCUUCCACUUGAUCAUGGAGCCGGAAUGCGUUAAUGUGGCCUUCUGGUAUGUGCCCAAGCGAUUGCGUGGCGUGCCCCAUGACAGCAAGAAGGAAGUGGAGCUGGCCAAGAUGUGCCCCAUUAUCAAGGGCCGCAUGAUGCAGAAGGGCACACUUAUGGUUGGCUAUCAGCCCGACGAUCGUCGACCCAACUUUUUCCGUUCGAUUAUCUCUUCGGCUGCUGUCACCGAGCAGGAUGUGGACUUUAUGCUUGACGAGAUUCAUCGUCUGGGCGAUGAUUUGUAAGCUGUUCAAUUACUCUAGCUACUGUUUAUGUAGUUCAAUGCAACCAAGAAGUAUCUAUAAGGUAAAAACCAAAGCAUAUCAUAAGCACACACACACACACACAAACACACAUAUCUAAAAAUUUUUGGAAAAACUUCAAUGUUGCUGUCAAUUGUUUAAGUUACUAAAAUCUCAUUGUUUAAGUUACAAGUCUGGCCAGUGUUGGGUGAACUAAUGAAAUAUUUAACUUAAUGUUAUUGUUAAUUAACAAUUUAAUUUACUGUUAUGCCAUACUAUAAAAGCAAAAA